AUCGUAGAACUGCAUGUUGGUCUGGGGAAGCUGCCGUCAUUAUCUUCAGCACAAGAGGCGUGAUCAACGGGCCUAGUUCAACUGACUCUGUACGCGAUUGGCUGCUUACCGUCGCUUCCCUGUCGUCAUUGUGUUAAACCAGCCAAUAGCGCGCCAAGGGGAAAAGCCAGCUUGGUGAUUGGCUCCCGCAAAAAUGAAUCGGAAGCAGAAAGAAAUGUAUUGCUCUUCUCCAGACCCUUGUGCAGAGAGAACUCAAUUCGCCGGAAGAAUGGGCGGAGCUACCCAGGCUAGAUGACGAGUUCAGUGGUUGUGACCAAAGACCAAGAGGAACAAGCCGUCAAUCAGAGCAACAAAGUCUUCCUCUAUUGUGCCUUCUUAGAUUAUAGUUCAAAGGAGGGAGUGUGGUCCAAUCAGGGCUGCGUGCGUUCGGGUGGAAACGUGAACUUCUCCGUGUGUCUGUGUAACCACCUGACCAACUUCGCCAUCCUGAUGCAGGUCGUGCCCGUUAAGCUUAGUGAGGUCCACCAGGUGGCACUGUCCAUCAUCGGCUACAUCGGUUGCUCCAUCUCCAUCUUCUGUCUCGCAAUUACUCUGGUCACUUUUGCAAUCCUGUCGUCGGUGAGCACCAUCCGUAACCAGCGCUACCACAUCCACGCCAACCUGUCCUUCGCCAUCCUGGUGGCUGAGAUCCUGCUGCUCAUCAGCUCUCGCUUCGAGCCCGGCACGCUGCCCUGUAAGGUGAUGGCGGUCCUGCUGCACUUCUUCUUCCUGAGUGCGUUCUCCUGGAUGCUGGUGGAGGGCCUCCACCUCUACAGCAUGGUGGUGAAGGUGUUCGGCUCCGAGGGCAGCAAACACCUGUACUACUACGCCAUUGGCUGGGGCUGUCCUCUGGUGAUCUGUGUGGUCUCCAUGACCUCGUCCAUGACCAGCUACGGAGAAGUUGAUAACUGUUGGCUGUCUCUGACGAACGGAGCCAUCUGGGCCUUUGUGGCCCCAGCACUUUUUGUCAUUGUGGUCAACAUUGGCAUCCUGAUUUCUGUUACACGUAUCAUAUCUCGCAUUAGCACAGAGAGCUACAAGGUUCACGGAGAUGCCAACGCUGUCAGGCUCACUGCCAAGGCGGUGGCCGUGCUGCUGCCUAUCCUGGGCAUCUCCUGGAUCUUUGGCGUUCUCACCGUCAACACACAUUCCCUGGCGUUCCUCUACAUCUUCGCCGUGUUUAACUCAUUACAAGGAUUCUUUGUCUUCCUGUUCCACUGUCUCCUGAACUCUGAGGUCAGAGCUGCCUUCAAACACAAAACGAAGGUGUGGUCCCUCACCAGCAGCUCCAUCCGCAACAUCAACGUCAAGCCCUUCAACUCCGACAUUAUGAACGGGAACAAGGAAGGGAUGACCCCCACCAAGAUGAACACGUGGGACAAGAGCACCAACUCUGCGAAUCGCAUGGACCUCUCGGCCGUCUGAGGAACUCUGGCUCAACGUCGGUUGUCUCUCUGGCGGUCGAUGCGAGUGAGGAGCGAACGUGUACAACUGCUAGCAUAGACUCAACACUGGCCAGAGUAUGGCUACUCAUCAUUCUUUACCUUAUGGUCCACUCAAAUGUAGAUAGAAAACAAAGCAAAACAUAUACUAAAUAGGAAGGUUCUGGGUGUUGAUGGCAGCCGCAGAGGACUGAGCUACGAUGUUGUGUUCUCAUUUAGAGACUUGGAUUGGAUCUAAACAAUGAAAUGAAGAAAAAGAAGAAGAAGAAGAAGAAGUAGAAGAAGAAGAAGAAGAAGAAGAAGAGGGAGGGCAUGGGUUUAUGCUUUCCCCCACGUAGCCCGCGUCUCUUGUUUGUUUCAGCCAGAGUUUAUUUAAGGGCGCUGUGAUGCUCUCAGACCUGUACAUUACUUCAGUACCAUUUUAAUAGGGUGGGGAUAACAGUGUUUGGCUGACAGGACCAUAUUCAUAGUAGGUAGUGGUAAAGAUCUGUUCAUGUCUUGAAUUGGAGUUAAUGAAGGUUUUAAAUCCACAAUGACACAUUGCUUCAUUUAAUUGGUCUGUUUUAGGCUGCAAAACCAAUGUUCUUAUGUACAGUAUUAAUCCAUAUUUAACAACUUAUAAACAAUAACUUUGUACUAGUAAAUGAAACCAAACAUUCCAAUGUAUUUAUUUAUUUCAAAAUGUAUUGUUCCGUAUUCUGUCAUCCGAUAUCUGUUAACAACCACACGAUUCAGACGCCGUAUGUCGUCCGUUGCUGUUUCACAGGUGUGUUCAUAGGAUCUCUUUGAGAAUUUAAUUAACUUUGGUAUUUUGCAGUACCUCGAAUGUUUGUAGACUUCAUGUAUGAUGCUUUUUGGAUGGGUAGUACAUACUCGGCUGUGUUUCAGAUACAGUUCUGUGAAUUAUGUUUUCAGUUUUCAGCUUGAUAUGUGGCUCAUUUUCAUUCGAAAGGAAAUAAAAUUACACUUAAAUAUAUUUUAUAUAUUGUCCAGAAACUGUGAGAUUUUAUGGAAUUUUUGUUUUACUCUUGAUUGAUCUUACACUGAAUCACCAUCAUCAUGCUUUACUGUAAAAUCACUCAUGUUCUCACUUCUCAUUUCUCUUUUUUAUACGUAGGCAAGUUAAUAUUCAGUGAUUGCUUUCAAGUAUUUUAGAAAGGGUAUUCUAUUGUAUUUAUCAAAACGUUUUUAAGGUACUAGCUAGAUUGUUGUUCUGUUUCCUUUGCAUUAUGUUCAUUAAAUACUCAAGAUAAUAUGAUAA